CAGCGCCUCCGUGUCGCCACACAAUCCCCAACAAAGCAACCAAAGCAAACCAAGAAACGGGGCACGAUGCGUCGCGAGGGCCGGCAGCACGGGUGGGUGUACGCCGUCGACCGCAGCCUGGUCGACGCGGAGGGCAAGCGCCGCGCAGCGGUGCACGUCGAGGGCGCGGCGACGGCCAACGGCGGGUUCGUCAGGGCGCCGCGGAAGCCCACCAACCACUCCAAGCCCGCCGUCGGCCGCGCGUACAGGGAGCUGAUCGGCAGCGGCAAGGCCGGGGCAGCGGCGGGCAAGGGGAGGCACAAGUUCAAGCACGACGAGGUCAAGAUGCACUACCUCGAACUUGAGGGAGCCGCCGCCGCCGCCGCCGCCGCCGCCGAUGCGCUGAUGGACUGGUAUGACUGACAUGGAUUGAUGGACUGGCAUGCCGCAUUGCCGGGAAGAGGCGAGAUGUACACAUUUUGUGUCAGGGGUGUGAAGUUAUUUUGUGACGUGAAAAUCCUUGUUGCUUAACUCAGUGAGUAAAGUAGAUUUUCUUGUCAGGAGAUUAUGCUUGGGAUCCGGAUUGCACUUCCAAAUUGAAAUCUCAUUUGAUCUCUGAAGUCUUAAGU